GAAAGUAGUUUGAAAUACUGUGAUAACCCAGGUUCGAUUCAAUGUAGGGCUGUACGUGCUAUGAAUGAAACUCUGAAGCAAAAUCGUCUCUUGAGAGAACGAGGGGAUGAUAACUCUACGAACAAUAACAGUAGUGAUGCAAAUCUUCAGAAAAAUGUGUCAAAUUUUCAUCUUGAUGGUCAUGAUGCACUAUAUUCUCGUCAACAUGACCAAGGAAACUCACAAAAGGCAAUGUCAUUACCAUCUUCACCUCAUGAAUAUAGAGGUCAUUCUUCGGAGAGAAUUGGACUGUCGAGAGAAGGAGUGAAUGAUGAAAUGGAGUCAACUUGGAAUAAAGUACUGGAAUCUCAAAUGUUCAAUAAUAAACCUCUUUUACCAUACGAAAAAUGGAAUAUUGACUUCUCUGAAUUGACUGUUGGAACUCGGGUAGGAAUUGGUUUCUUUGGAGAGGUUUUCCGUGGCAUAUGGAAUGGCACAGAUGUUGCAAUCAAGGUUUUUCUAGAGCAAGAUUUAACUGCUGAAAAUAUGGAAGAUUUUUGCAAUGAGAUAUCUAUUCUGAGCCGACUCCGACAUCCUAAUGUUAUAUUGUUUCUCGGUGCAUGCACAAAGCCUCCACGGUUGUCAAUGGUUACAGAAUAUAUGGAAUUGGGAUCGUUGUAUUACUUGAUACAUUUAAGUGGUCAAAAGAAGAAGCUUAAUUGGCGGAGAAGACUAAGGAUGUUACGUGACAUAUGCAAGGGUUUGAUGUGCAUACAUCGAAUGAAGGUUGUUCACCGUGAUCUGAAAAGCGCAAAUUGUCUGGUGAAUAAGCAUUGGACUGUGAAAAUAUGUGAUUUUGGGCUUUCAAGAUUAAUGACAGAGUCUCCUAUGAGAGAUUCUUCCUCGGCUGGAACUCCGGAAUGGAUGGCUCCUGAGCUCAUUCGAAAUGAACCAUUCACAGAAAAAUGUGAUAUCUUUAGCCUUGGGGUGAUAAUGUGGGAACUAUGCACAUUGAGCAGACCAUGGGAAGGAAUACCACCUGAGAGGGUGGUCUAUUCCGUUGCAAAUGAGGCUUCCAGAUUGGAAAUACCAGAAGGCCCUCUAGGAAGGCUUAUUUCAGAUUGUUGGGCAGAAUCCCAUGAGCGGCCAAGUUGUGAGGAGAUUCUUUCUCGUUUGGUGGACAUCGAGUACUCCUUGUGUUGAAGCAAUAUCUUUUGUACAUAGAAAACUUUGGGUAGAGUUUUUACAUUGUAUUAUCGGCUGAUGUUGUGGACUAUUUGUGAAUUUUGUUCGUUUUCGCAGAACGUGCGAAGUAUGAAUCCAUAGUUUAUCCCUGUGCUGCAACUGCAUCUCGUUCUGGGCCAAUGAGAAAGAUGAGAUCAAUCCAUCUCUCGUAUUUUAUUUACAAUGAAAUUCAAAACAACAGUGUCUGGGGAAGAAUAGUUAUUCCCGAUCCCAAUUGGAUAAUAAUCAUGCAGUUUUAUGAAGUUUAUUUAAAUAUUUAGAUUAAGUUGGUUCCAUGUAGAAUAUCAUAAUAGAAAUAAAUUAUCAUAUUUUUAAAUUUUAAA